CCCCAUGGAGGAGCAGGCGCGGUCCCCCGGCCGGCCGCCCGCGAGCGUGGCCUUACCGGGCAGCGCGCAUCCGGGCGGGGCGGUUUCCACGGCCACCGCGGCCGCGCUGUCCUUCAGCGCCGUAGCCACGGUAACGCUGGGAAACCAGAGCGAUGCGGGCCGGCCGGAGGCGGCGGGGCCUCGGGGACCCGCGCCGCUGCUGUGGCACGGGGCGGCGGUGGCCGCCCAGGCGCUCGUGCUCCUGCUCAUCUUCCUGCUGUCUAGCCUGGGCAACUGCGCCGUGAUGGGGGUGAUCGUGAAGCACCGGCAGCUGCGCACGGUCACCAACGCUUUCAUCCUGUCGUUGUCCCUGUCGGACCUGCUCACCGCGCUGCUCUGUCUACCCGCCGCCUUCCUAGACCUGUUCGCGCCCCCGGGAGACUCGGGGCCCUGGCGCAGCUUCUGCGCCGCCAGCCGCUUCUUCAGUUCGUGCUUUGGCAUCGUGUCCACGUUCAGCGUGGCGCUCAUCUCGCUGGACCGCUACUGCGCCAUCGUGCGGCCGCCGCGCGACAAACUGGGCCGGCGGCGCGCGCUGCAGCUGCUGGCCGGUGCGUGGCUGGCUGCCCUCGGCUUCUCCCUGCCCUGGGAGCUGCUUCGGGCGCCCCGGGAACCCCCGGCUCCGCAGAGCUUCCACCGCUGCCUUUACCGGACCUCUCCAGACCCCGCGCAGCUGGGCGCCGCCUACAGCGUGGGGUUGGUGGUGGCCUGCUACCUGCUGCCCUUCCUGCUGAUGUGCUUCUGCCGCUACCACAUCUGCAAGACCGUGCGCCUGUCGGACGUGCGCGUGCGGCCGAUGACCACCUACGCGCGCGUGCUGCGCUUCUUCAGCGAGGUGCGCACGGCCACCACCGUGCUCAUCAUGAUUGUCUUCGUCAUCUGCUGCUGGGGCCCCUACUGCUUCCUGGUGCUUCUGGCUGCGACUCGGCAGGGUCAGGCCACUCAGGCCCCCUCGCUGCUCAAUGUGGUGGCUGUCUGGCUGACGUGGGCCAAUGGGGCUAUCAACCCUGUCAUCUAUGCCAUCCGCAACCCCAACAUUUCUAUGCUCCUAGGGCGCAACCGUGAGGAGGGGUACAGGACUAGGAACAUGGAUGCUUUUUUUCCCAGCCAAGGCCUAGGUUUGCAGGCCAGAAGCCGCAAUCGUCUUCAAAAUGGCUGUGCCAGCAGGUUAGGGGCUUGUAGCAGGAUGCCUUCCUCCAACCCGGCUAGCGGGGCAGGAGGGGAAGUGGUCAUGUGGGCUCGCAAAAACCCAGUUCUGCUCUUCUUUGGAGAGGGACCACCAGAUCCGGUUACAGCAGUCGGCAAAGAGCACAAAUCUGAAACCCGGGAUAGUAGCCUCUAAGAACGGUUGGGGUGGACAGCUUGUUCCACCCCUUUCGUUUAGUGUUGCGGGAAUCCGGGGAGAACUGUGGAUGUCAAAAAGCUAGACAUUUACAACUAAAACAGCAGAAAUGGGAGGGUUACCGCUUCAUUCUCAAACAUAAAAGACGCAAGGGAACACCCCCUUUCUUCAAAAGUGCGGAAAAGAAUGUGAAAUGCAAAAACUGAAACCAUCUUAAACCACACAACCAAGCAUUGGGAGGUGUAAGUGCUAACAAGCCACAAAAUAAAAUUCACAGUUACUGAAAAGCUCAUAUUACAAGAAUCAUCACACUGUGAAACAAACAAAAAUCAUUGAACUGAACUGAACAGAUUUAUUCAAAUACUGGUUUUUUUUGAAUGAGUUAAGCCCCUCGGAUCUGUUUGAGGGCCCCCUGUACUUCACCAGCAUUCAACGAGACCAGAUUCUGGAGUCCGACCUGCUUUGGGUGCUUAGAGCUGAGAGCUGAAACAUCAUUACACCGACUGGUGCCCUCCCCCGGAAUUUUUGUGCGAAAUUUUAAAUUGAGUCUAUUUUAAACAACUUCAGGAUUUCUGAAAAGGUCGUUUAUUACUAGAUAUAAUUCAGUGGUCCAAAGGGCAAAAUGAACGCAAUGUGGUGUUUAAACAGAAGUCCAACAUUAUACAUAAAAACCCAUGUUCCCUCUAAGCCGGUUUUAGCCCCCAAAUCAUCUGUCUUGGGAAACCACGUCCUUACUCUAAACCAUUGUUCCUGUCUGAUAGCUUGUGUGGAUGCCACUCCAAAUGCUUUCAUUAAAAAAAAUAAUAAUAAUUUUCAUACUAAAAUUUUUUUUUGUCUAUUGGGGCAACUCUGUGUUUUUGUUUGUUUGCUUUUUGUUUUUGUUUUUUGAUAGAGCCCAAACUGUUAUUUGAAAUCAAAUUGCUUGAAUAAGGUGAGUCCUGCUGAAUAUGUGUAUAGGCAUGUAUGUAUUAUACAUACACCUUACAUAUCCAGUACUGGAUGGCCUACCUAUCCUUUAACUUCCAAAUGUGAUUCCAACGAGGAAUUCUAAAAGUAGUUUGAAAAGUAUGGCCACAUUCUUGGAACAGCCAUAGAAUGUCCUACGAGGACAUACUUUCUAUUUAGAAGGCUGAGUAUUAAUUUUUUAGCAGCAAAUAUUAUAGUCACCAUUAGAAUGAUAAUUGGUAUGGGAUUACAAGAUGGGUUUUAAGUCCAUAGGCACAAGGUUGGAGAGAUACCUCAAGAAAACUGAAAAUAUUUUCAGAAACUUGCAAAAAUAACUUUUACAGUAAUCCAGAAGCACAAUCUAUGCUUUGUAUAUGCGGAAUUUCUUACACUGGAUGUCACUGCAAUUUUUUCCUCCCUUCCUGCUGCUUCUCUUUAAUUCAGUAGUUUGUGGCAGUAGCUGAAUAAUCAUUUUUAAAAGUAUGAGAAUGCAUGCUAUGUGAAGAUUUCAUUGUGAACUAGCCAGCAUCAUUUUUCUUGUAAAGUAUUUAAGAUGUCUGUUAGUGUGUCUUUGUGUGUCCGGUGAGUGCACAACAUUAUUUUGUAAUCAAAGAUGGAAAUAUAUGAUCCUUGUCUUGA